AUGGUUGGGAUGAGUUGUAUUGAAAAUGGAUAUAAAACAUAUGGAAUCAAAUGUUUAAAGAGUGGUAUGUCAAUGAUAUGUAAAAGAAAUGAAGUUGAUGGAGUUAGAUUAUCACGAAUUAUUCGAGAAAUAAUAAAUGAAAGUGAUGAUGAAGAAAUACUUGAUAUGAUAGAUAAAGCAAUAACAAUGAUUAAAAGCACAGACGGAAUAUACCCGAAAAAAGAAAUUGAGUGGUUAAUGGGAAUUAGUUGGAAUAAAGGAAAUAAAAGUAGAUAUAAACAAGAUAAUAGAAGAGCAAAAGAAUGGUAUAAUAAAGCAAUAACAUUAAGUGAAAAUAUAGAAAGAAGAGAUGAGAUUAUAGAAAAGAUGAAUAAAGAAUAUCAAAUAUUCAUAAAUGAAAUAAAUAAAUCAAGUAUUUUUAAUAAGUUACAACGUAUUAAAGAAAUAAUAAAGAUAAAAAUGAUAAGAAAAACAAAUAAACUAAAUAAAUGA